UGCCUCCAAGUCAGACAGCUAAGACAACUUACCCACCUACUGGACCCGCGCCGGCCACGACGACUCACAACGCUCAUCGGGACCUGCUUAAGGAUCGGCAAGAAGAAGGUGGUCAUGCACAUUGAAUGUCUGGCUUGCCCUCAAAAGAAGACAUCACGAACUGAUGCAAACUGGGCUGCUCCAUGGCUCCUAGACUGCCCGGCCAGGAACCCGAGGCCAGAAACGCCCCAGAAUGCCCUUGGCUCAGAUAUGGGAUUCUGUCUCAUUCGCAUCGCCUUGUUUAGAAACCAGUUUCCUAAACCCCCCAAGAAUACCUUACCCAUGGCAUGCGAGGCCGGCUCGACUCCUAGGUAG